CUUUUUCUUCGGACAACCACGACUGCUGGCCACAAGGCGACCAUGCUAUGGCGCAGCGUGCUAUUUAUUGGCCUUUUUCUCGCUCAACCGACGCUCCAGCGGUCAACGCUUGGUCCACGCGAGCUGACACAUCUCUCCCCCGCGGCAAUUUCAACAUUAAUAUCGUCGCCCGACCCACUAAAGCAGCUCGACCCGAAUAACCCGUCCUCCCAUUUGUCCAAAAUUCUUAUUCCCCGAGUCCCGGAUACGCAAAAUAAUACUCUCGUUCGCAACUACAUCGUCUCGAAAUUGGAGGCUCUGAAAUGGCACGUGGAGCAAGACGCAUUCAAUGACACUACGCCCUUUGGGCAGAAGCAGUUCACGAAUAUAAUCGCUACCAAGGACCCGGCAGCGUCGCGGCGCGUUAUUGUGGCUGCCCACUUCGAUAGCAAGUAUUUUCCGGAGCCGAACGAGUUUGUGGGGGCAACGGAUUCUGCCGCACCUUGCGCUAUGAUGUUGGAUUUGGCCGAAACACUCAAUUCUUUAUUGGACGAAAGAGCUCAUCGACUCGAGGCCGGUAUGGAGGAUGACGAGGACGUGUCGGACACAACGCUCCAGCUUGUUUUCUUUGACGGUGAAGAGGCAUUUGUCCAAUGGACCGACACCGAUUCUAUCUACGGCGCAAGACAUCUUGCUGAGAAAUGGGCAACCACCUACGCGCUUCCCAACAGCAAACGCCGCCUUAUGAUGGGUCCGCAAGCGACAGAAAUUUCGGGCAUCGAGCAUUUCAUCUUACUCGACCUUCUCGGUGCAGCCAAACCUCUCAUUCGCUCAUACAACCUGGACACAGCGUGGUUAUUCGAUGCGUUGGUCUCGGCGGAGAAGAGACUGGGGGAGAGCGGCGCGUUCGCUUAUGCCAAAGAGCAGGAAAUGGCACCCGACAAAUGGUCUUCGUUCUUCUACAAACGAACCUCAGCGACCAUGAACUAUGGCGGGAUUGGCGAUGAUCAUGUCCCUUUCCAAGAGAAGGGUGUGGACAUUUUGCACCUGAUCACGGCCCCAUUCCCAGCAGUUUGGCAUUCGAUUCGUGAUGAUGCUUCAGCACUUCAUAUGCCGACACUGAGGCGAUGGAAUAUUCUCAUGCGUGUUUUCAUGGCGGAGUACUUGAAUUUGAAACCAGCAGAAAAGAAAUCUAGAGAAGACGAGUCGAAUACCGUCGUGGAGCGGUCUAGAGACGAUCUUCGUGUAUAA